AGGUCACCUGAGGCGAGAUUUCUUCCUCACACACGGCUCCACUGCUCACUCUGAGUUCUUCAUCAACCUGCAUGAGGUAAGUUCACCAUUCUGCCUUCCUUCUGGAGAAUACAUCAUCAUCCCAUCCACAUUUGAGCCGGAGAAAGAAGGCGACUUCUUGUUGCGUGUCUUCUCUGAAAAACCCGCUGACUCAGAGGAAAUGGAUGAUGAAAUAAAAGUUUCUCUUCUCAGAGUGAAUUAUUUGGAUGAGAGUCAAAUCGAUGCCCAAUUCAAGAAUGUCUUCAAACAGCUGGCAGGACCGGACCAGAAGGUCAGUGUUAAAGAGCUCCAGGCCAUUCUGAACAAAAUCAUCAGCAAGCAUAAAGACCUGAAGACAGAUGGCUUUAGCCAGGAGGCGUGUCGCAGUAUGAUCAACCUCAUGGAUACAGAUGGCAGCAGGAAGCUGGGACUCACAGAGUUCCAUGUGCUGUGGGAGAAAAUCAAAAUCUAUAAUGAAGUGUUCAGGAAGUUUGAUGUGGACAGGUCUGGUACAAUGAGCCCACAGGAGAUGUGUAGGGCCAUUGAAGCAGCAGGCUUCAAGCUGAACAGUGAUAUAUUCCAGCUUGUUAUGCUGCGCUACACAGAGCAGGACCUGACCGUCAACUUUGACAACUUCAUCACCUGUCUAGUGCACCUGGAGGCCAUGUUCAAAAUAUUUCACUCCUCAGACACUAACAAUGAUGGACUCAUCACCCUAAACUUCAAACAGUGGCUAUCUUUGACAAUGUUUGCUUAAACAGACGGACAUCUGGAUGCCUGUCUUCUUGCACUGAGACCCAUAUCUCCCUCCAUCUGGUCCAGAAGUGCCUUCUUCACAUUUUUAUUAUUAUUAUUGCUCAAGGUGAUGGUAUGCAAGUAGUAUUUUAGUCCAGACUCUCUCUUUCUCUUUUUAAAGGUGUACUGGUUUAAGGAGUGGUUAAAGGGUUUAUGUUCUAUUGUGCCAUAUAAGAAGCCAGUCUCUGUUCUGUGUGUUAUUUACUCAUAAGCCAAAACAGUAAGCCACAAUCUGAGAACACCAUACAUGUAAAGUCAUCAGUCUCUGUCUUAAAAAAAGUGCCAGACAGUGUAGUGUUUACAGCCUCUCUGACCAGCCAUGUGAAAGCAAGCAUACUUUUCCUGCCAAGUGAAAGGAUUCUGAACCUUACCUUGUUACCAAAUAUGUUUUCACUUCCUGUGCCAGGAUUCUUUUCAAUCUUAUCUAUCAGUCAAUUCCAGUUCAGACUGUUCCACUGUGUGUGAGGAAUAUUUCCAUAAUUAACAUUAUUUACCAUGAAGAAAAACCAAGAGAGUCAGCAUUAAUACAUCAUAAAUACAUCAUAACAAAGUAAAUAACAUUUAAUAUACACUUCAAAUAAAUGAACCAAAUAAUAUAAAUUGCAUUAAUCAAUAUUUAUACUUUUCAUUAUUAAAAGUGAUUCCAAUGUGACCAAAAAAACAACACUUUCAGGAACAUAAUUUUUUUUUUUUCAGCAUUAAGGAACAUAGUGUUAAAUACAUUUUACUUAUUCCUCCUCAUUCCUUUUAUUGUUCCCUUUGGGUGCCAUUUGAUUUUUAUUUUUUAGUGUGUUUGGUUGGUUUUAUACAGUAUUUGUGAUUGACCAGGAAAAUGUAAAAAAAUAAUAAUAAUAAUUACAAAUCAGGAAUCAAUCCCAUACCUAAAAUAUGCUGAAUGAAUCUCCACUUACGAUGCUGGAGGUUGGAAUUGCCUGUUACUACAGUAGCUAUGAUGAGAUUUCUGCAGGGAACAAUAAAUAAAGUACUUUUGUUAUGAGAGGCAGUUUUCCAGACAGUUCCUGUUCCUAUCAGUCUGAUUGAAUAUUUAUACAAAACACAUGGCAGGGGUGAAAUGAAAUGACUUUGUGUUUAAAAGCUGAUUCAGAGAUAAAAAUUAGCAAAUAAAUAGAUGAUUUCAUAUUUCAUUUGCCAAAUACAUUACUGUAAAACAAGCCAUUAAGACAUGCCGGUGCCUGUGUUGCAUUCUCCAUGCUCUGGUCAAAAGACACUUACUGAGUUUUAUGUAUUCAAAAAUGUAU